AGCGCGGUCCUUCCUUCCUUCCUGCCUCCCUUCUUAUCUUUCUCUCCAAGUAGACCACACUAGACGCCUUCGUUCCUCCUUUUUGGUCCUUCGCUCUUCUACAUAACCUCGUGAUCUCGAUCCUCGCUGGCCUAGGCGUGAGGCGACCAGUCCUAAUCCCUAAUCCUAAUCAAGCACGACGAGUCCUAAUCAAACACGCCGGGGGAACGACUCGGACCACGACCACGACCACCACCACCAGUGCCAGAGCCAGAGAGCUGACUGGCCUGAUUCCUUCUGAUAACACUCAAAACCCGGACUCGAUUCCUGAAAAUCCUCAAAACCUGGACUUGAUUUCUGAUAACCUUCAAAAAACGCACGACUUGGACACGACGCCAACGCCCCCUUGAACCUAAAACGAUUCCGACAACCACGACCUCGCUUGUCGAAUAUGCGCUGUUCGUUCCUCAUCUCCCUCUCCCUCCAAUUCGUGUUCUUUCUCUCUUCGGUAUCAGCGUACUUUGUGGUGACGAACCCGGCACGAGACGCACAAUGGGUGAACGGGCAGGUGAACGUUGUUACGUGGGAGAAGGGGCUUAUGGACGGGAUAAAUGGGUUCGAUGUGGAGAUGGCGAGGAUGAGUGCGGACGGGUUGAUCCUUGUUGCUAGGAAUGUCCUCAGCAAACCCCACUCGCUAGGGAUCUACAUCGAAAACAUCCCACCAGGCGACGACUACGUCGUCAUCUGCAUAAACUCGACACACGGCGUCCUCCACGGCACCUCGCAGCGCUUCACCAUCCUGCCCUCCGGCGCAACACCCACCACCACCCAGCCGCCGCUCGACAAGAAGGCCGUGACGGUCACUGUGACGCAGGGGCCCAACCCGACGGCGUUUUGGGCUACGACUUUACCGCCGGUGCCGUAUUCCGGGUCGACGUCGGUGAGGAUGGGGAUGGGGUGGGGAGAGGGUGGGGUCGGUGUGUUGGCGACCGUUGCGGGGGUCGUUGGCGCGGCGGUUUGGACGCUGGUGUAA